ACUAAAGAUUGAUUUGCUUCAAAUAAGGAUGUAGGGGAUUUUCCUAAAGCUUGCACUAAAUCAUUUUUUGCUACGUUCAGUGUUCUUAUAUCAGAGGCUGGUAGUGACUCAGUGGUGAAUCAGUCACUCUGGAGCUGUGGAGCAUCACUAGAUGACAGCAAGUAAGGGAAUAUGCCGGAAAUCUGAGGAUGGCUUGGCUAUGGGUGCAGGGUGAGAGGGAGAGGGGCCCUCAUGUCAGAGUGUUAGGAUGGCCAGUGAAGACCCCAGCCUCCCUAGCCCUGUGGUGCGGCAGAUUGACAAACAGUUCCUGAUCUGCAGCAUCUGCAUCGACCGCUACGACAACCCCAAAGUCCUCCCGUGUCUGCAUACCUUCUGCGAGAGGUGCCUACAGAACUACAUACCUGCCCACAGCCUCACUGUCUCCUGCCCCGUCUGCCGUCAGACGUCCAUCUUGCCCGAACGGGGUGUGUCUGCGCUGCAGAGUAACUUCUUCAUCACCGGCCUGAUGGACGUCCUGCAGAGAUCUCCCGACAGCAGCAGCGAGGCCUGCACCGUGGUGGAGGCCAUCGCCGCCGUGGCAACCACCCCACCACUGUCCUGCUCCAACCACGAGGGCAAGGUGAAGGAGUUCUACUGCCCCCCGUGUGAGAUGGCCGUGUGUGAGGAUUGUGCCAGCGGGGAGCACGCUGAACACACCACCGUCCCGCUCAAGGAAGCCGUGGAACAGCACAAGGUCUCUUUGCAGGAUCAGCUCAGCGCCGUCAAGAAAAGGCUUCCAGAGAUUGAUGAGUCCACGAAGGCCCUGUCAGAGAUCAUGCAUCAGUUGGGUGGGCAGCGGUCAUCCAUCGAGGAGGACAUCCACGCCACUUUUGAGGAGCUGCAGAAGACACUGAACGUGCGAAAGCACGUGCUGCUGAUGGAACUGGAGGUCACCUAUGGGCUGAAGCAGAAGGUGCUCCAGGCCCAGCUGGACUCUCUGCAGCAGGACCGAGAGGGCAUCAACAGCAGCUGCAACUUCACGGAGCAGGCUCUGAGCCGUGGCUCGGACUCAGAGGUGCUGCUGGUGAAGAAGCAGAUGACGGAGCGCCUGGGCGACCUGGCCGGGCGGGAGUACUCCCUGCAGCCCGAGGAGAACGACCAGCUGGACUUCCUGGUGGAGACCGAGGGGCUGAAGAAGUCCAUCCACAACCUGGGCACCAUCGUCACCACCAACGCCGUGGCCUACGAGACGGUGGCCAGCGGGGAGGGCCUGCGCCAGUGCGUGGUGGGCCACCCCACCUCCGUCACCAUCACCACCAAGGACAAGGAUGGCGAGCUGUGCAAGACGGGCAACGCCUGCCUGACGGCCGAGAUCUGCACCCCUGACGGGAGCGUGGCGGACGGCGAGAUCCUGGACAACAAGAACGGCACCUAUGAUUUCCUGUACACGGUGCAGAAGGAGGGGAGCUUCACCCUCUCGCUGCGGCUCUACGACCAGCACAUCAAGGGCAGCCCCUUCAAGCUGAAGGUGGCCAAGUCCACCGAAGCUCUGCCCACCGCCGACGGUGCCAAGAAGAGGGUGAAAUCUCCUGGGAGCGGCCGCAUCAGGCAGAAGGGCGUGAAGCGGACGGGCAGCAUGUUCAGCACGGCCAAGAGGAAAGAGAAUCCGGUGGAGGACGACCUCAUCUUCAGAGUCGGUACAAAAGGAAGGAAUAAAGGCGAGUUCACCAAUGUGCAGGGUGUGGCAGCUUCUCAAAAUGACACGAUUUUGAUAGCAGACAGCAACAACCAGUGUGUUCAGAUAUUCUCCAAUGAUGGCCAGUUCCAGAGCCGGUUUGGGGUGAGGGGGCGGUCUCCCGGGCAACUCCAGCGCCCCACGGGCGUUGCUGUCCACCCCAAUGGUGACAUUAUCAUCGCCGACUACGACAACAAGUGGGUCAGCAUUUUCUCCAGCGAGGGGAAGUUCAAGACAAAGAUUGGCUCCGGCCGUCUGAUGGGGCCCAAGGGUGUGUCUGUGGAUCGGAACGGACACCUCAUCGUGGUGGACAACAAAGCCUGCUCUGUCUUCAUCUUCCAGCCCAGCGGCAAGCUGGUCACCAAGUUUGGUAACCGUGGGAAUGGGGACAAACAGUUUGCAGGCCCUCACUUUGCAGCAGUCAACAGCAAUAAUGAAAUAAUUAUUACAGACUUCCACAAUCAUUCUGUGAAGGUUUUCAACGCAGAGGGUGAGUUCCUCCUGAAGUUUGGGUCGAAUGGAGAAGGAAAUGGCCAGUUUAACGCACCUACAGGAGUGGCAGUAGAUGUAAAUGGCAAUAUCAUUGUGGCAGAUUGGGGAAACAGCCGAAUACAGGUAUUUGAUGGCAGUGGGUCCUUCUUGUCCUACAUUAACACGUCUGUGGACCCUUUGUACGGACCCCAGGGCCUGGCACUGACCUCUGACGGCCAUGUUGUGGUCGCGGAUUCUGGGAACCACUGCUUCAAAGUGUACCGCUACCUGCAGUGACCAGGACUUCCCACCUGACCGCAUUCUUGUGCAUGUGAAGAUGAUCAUCUUCACCUGAGGCUCUUCAUCUGGGAUUGGCUAUGCAGACUUUUCCACUUAUCCAUAAUGCCACUUUCAGACCAGAAUCCCAGCUACAGAGCUGCUGUAGCAUAGCAUGUGCUACCAAUCGAGUUUAUUCAAAAUGACACAGCAAUGGUGGUUGAUUUAGGUACAGCUGGUUAUUGGUUAUAAGCUAACUAGUUUCCAUAUUGCACUGAGAAUGAGCAAGCUUGUUCCCUAGUGCAAAAAUUAUUGAAACCAUAAGUGGCAGUUACUCGGAAUGUCUGCUUGGAACCAUACUACAAUUAAUAUCAUAUGAAACUACGCCAAAUAUUUGAUAAUUUUCAGAUAAUUAUGUUAGUACUUCUUCAUAUUUUUGCUUAACUUUCUAAGACACAAAAACAUAUGAUUAUGAACUUGAAAAGUCUGCACAGCCUCUCACUUUUCAUCUCUGUGGCCUUGCUGUGACCUUUGAACUUUACUCCCAAAAACCCACAGCCCGCUUCCCACCUCUUCUACAGUAUUUUUCCACUCACAUUAUAGCAAGAAGUCAAGCCAAGAAACUAACCUGGUCCUGAAAGAUGAAUAGCUGCUUCCAUAAUUUCAUUUGAUCAUUUGAUCCUUUUAGUUAGAUGACCCUGGUGAUCACGGUAGUCUAUCCUCAAUGCCUGUGCGCUCACGUCAUGAAAUGUUUGCUGUUGCUCUUAUUAGGACAAAAAAGUUAAUGCCUGAUAUAUUUACAAUUAUUUAAUUGCACCAUUCUCUCUGUAUUCACUAUUUAUUGCCCUUGACAGCUGAAAAUAUAGUAUUUUGUGUAAAACUGAAUAUCUCUAUAUAUUAUACUGUACACAGCAAUGUUAUAAUUUGCCAUUUUGUUCAUGGUUAACAACAUUGACUUGAAAAAUAAAAUAGUAUGGCAGCUUUGAAGCUCGGUAAAAUUUAAAGCAAUCUAUUUUGUUCAGAAAAAAAACAGCUAUAUAUUUGUGAAAAUACCUUUAAUAACCAAUAAUCUUUGAAGAAGAAUUUCUGUGUGUGCUCUGCACCUGUAAUCACGGUCUAUUUUUCUUGUGGUCUGACACUUAACUAACAAGCCGUCAAAGGAAAUCUUCUCUAAAAUGUCUAAAAUCUUUGUUUAUCUGGUAAGGAUUGCAGAGUAAUGGUCUUGUAUAUAUUGUGUAAUAUUUUUUGAUGGCACCAAUACAAUACUUAUCACACGACUCCGUAUAGCAGGGUACUUUCAAUGCAUGGUUUUAGAGUUGUAGCAGGUAGAAAAUAUUGACAUGCUUGCAAUGCUUUGAGAAAAAAACAUCUUUAUUCUGUAGUGGAAAACAUUUGGAGGAUGUAAAUGUGUAGUCUCCUCCAUGACAAGCCAUUUAUGUGUUUACUCACAACUGCACAACUUGUGCAGUCUGUCUGCUCAUUAUGAAACCUCUACCAUGUUGAAUGCACUCUUGUCAAUUACUCCUUUACUAUUAACCAAAACACCAACACCACAUUUGAUGACACAAAUGACAUUCAUAACAAAGUUUGGUAGCACUUUACUUUUAAACUCCAGUACCACAUAUAUGAUAUAUAAUUGCUUGUUAAUUUGUGCUUUGCUUUUGCAAAAGGAGCCAUAGACUCUUGAGGAAGUUUAGGACUCACCAACUUGUCAUUACAAUGUUAUUACAAUUAUUGCCCCUUCAUCUCGAGCUUUAAAGUAGAGUGCAACCAAAAAGGUACCUGUUACUCCACAGACAUCACAGUAAUUCUGUUUUUUCCAGUGAACGAGAUGGUUUGUUUCUUAAAGAAAUGUUGGAUGUUGUACAGUGUACAUUAUAUGGCAUUACAGGUUAUAGUUCCAAUUUUUUUUUUUUUACAUCACAUAAACCAUUUAUUUUGGCACAUGUUUAAUAAUAGAUAUUAGGGUUGUGUGGCACUUAGCCCAUUAUCAAAGAUGCAGUGUAAUGUAUGCCUGAAAAAAUAUUUGAAAUUUAUUUAAAAGGGAACAAUUUUAACUCUAAUUGUUUUAUCCUUUACUCUGGUUAAUACAUUUAAAUAGCACCUUCUGUUCCUUACAAAGAUUUCAGAGAACUUUAAAGGUGGAAACGUACCUCAACCACCACGAAUCUCAAGCGAAUACCUGGGAGAUAUGCAUACCUGUACAGUAUGUGGUUCUCUUCAGCAUAUUUACCACAGAGCGUUUGGUGUGAAGAGGUCAGCUGUGCUACUCAAACUAUUACUUCCAAAAAUUAAGAAAACUCCUGAAACUCAUUCUUUAUGUACCAAAAAUGUAAUAAUGAGAUUUGAUUUCCAUAUUGACAAAAAUUAGAAUAGGCAACAUAUUUUUUGUCAUGCCUACACACCAUUGACCUGAGUGUAGAUCUCUGGUCAAGGAAGCUGGAUUUUUCAUUUAAAAACUGAUAACGAUUAAUUAUCCAAAUGAGGUACAAUUGGUCAUUUUGUUUUAUUUUCUUAUUUCCUUGACUUGUUGUUUUCAGCUUUUAUGUUUGUGUGAUGCCAAAUUUAAGGCUAAGUGACCAUGAUACGUUUGUAUGAUUUUCACAAAGUGGUGUUACAUAUUUAUUUAAAAAAGAAAUUACAAGCUACUUGUGGGUAGGUUUUGUAUACAGAUAUGUCUUGGGUUAAUUUGACUGUGUUGUAUUUUUUUAAUGUCUGUACAGAAUGAAUUUGUUUGAUACAGAGUAUUUGAUAGAAUGUGAUUGUUCUGAAAGUCCAACACAAAGUGAUGUCAGAAAUGCAGCCUUAAAUGAUCAUAUCUCAUAAACUUAAACAUGGAAUGUUUUCUUACCAAUGUGAAUAGCACUCUGCCAACUACAUAAAGUGCAUUUCUUUUUUACACUCUGUUCACAUUUACUGAAAUAGCUUUACAAACCCGCAAAUGUGUAUGUUGCGGGUGUAAACUAUUCUGUUUAAGUUUGAGCGAUCCAUCACUGAACUUAAUUUAUUCAUGUGUAUGUGCUGCAAAUUAAUUAAAAAAAAUAGCAUUGAUUGAAAAACAAA